UUUCCCGUGAGCCCUCGGGGAGUGGUCCGACCGCGGGCGGCCGCCGGUGAGGUAGGGGCGGGAGGCGGGGGGAGACAUGGCUCGGCGCGGCUGGCGGCGGGCACCCCUCCGCCGUGGCGUCGGCAGCAGUCCCCGAGCCCGCAGGCUCAUGCGGCCCCUUUGGUUGCUCCUCGCAGUGGGCGUCUUUGACUGGGCAGGGGCUUCGGACGGCGGCGGAGAGGCUAGAGCCAUGGACGAGGAGAUCGUGUCCGAGAAGCAAGCCGAGGAGAGCCACCGGCAGGACAGCGCCAACCUCCUCAUCUUCAUCCUGCUGCUCACCCUCACUAUCCUCACGAUCUGGCUCUUCAAGCACCGCCGGGCCCGCUUCCUGCACGAAACCGGCCUGGCUAUGAUUUAUGGUCUUUUGGUGGGCCUUGUGCUUCGGUAUGGCAUUCAUGUUCCGAGUGAUGUAAAUAAUGUGACCCUGAGCUGUGAAGUGCAGUCAAGUCCAACUACCUUACUGGUAAAUGUUAGUGGAAAAUUUUAUGAGUAUACGCUGAAAGGAGAGAUUAGUUCACAUGAACUCAAUAAUGUUCAAGAUAAUGAAAUGCUUAGAAAGGUUACUUUUGAUCCAGAAGUAUUUUUCAACAUAUUACUUCCUCCUAUCAUAUUUUAUGCAGGUUAUAGCCUGAAAAGGAGACAUUUUUUUCGAAAUCUUGGGUCUAUCCUAGCAUACGCUUUUCUUGGAACAGCAAUUUCUUGUUUCGUUAUUGGGUCAAUAAUGUAUGGCUGUGUAACGCUGAUGAAGGUGACGGGACAACUUGCAGGAGAUUUUUACUUUACAGAUUGCCUACUGUUUGGUGCCAUUGUAUCAGCAACUGAUCCAGUGACUGUUCUUGCUAUAUUCCACGAGCUUCAAGUUGAUGUUGAACUCUAUGCACUUCUUUUUGGUGAAAGUGUCCUCAAUGAUGCUGUUGCCAUAGUGCUGUCCUCCUCAAUAGUGGCAUACCAGCCAGCUGGAGACAACAGUCACACCUUUGAUGUCACAGCGAUGUUCAAGUCUAUUGGGAUCUUCCUUGGAAUCUUCAGUGGAUCUUUUGCGAUGGGUGCUGCUACUGGAGUGGUGACAGCUUUAGUGACAAAGUUCACCAAAUUACGGGAGUUCCAGUUGUUGGAGACAGGCCUAUUCUUCUUGAUGUCCUGGAGUACCUUCCUCUUGGCUGAAGCAUGGGGCUUCACAGGUGUGGUUGCAGUAUUGUUUUGUGGCAUCACACAAGCACAUUAUACAUAUAAUAAUUUGUCCAUGGAGUCUCAGCAUAGAACUAAACAGUUGUUUGAGCUUCUCAAUUUCUUGGCAGAGAAUUUCAUCUUCUCCUACAUGGGGCUGACACUGUUCACCUUUCAGAACCAUGUCUUUAACCCAACAUUUGUAGUAGGAGCAUUUGUUGCUAUUUUCUUGGGAAGAGCUGCCAAUAUUUACCCUUUGUCCCUCUUACUUAAUUUGGGUAGAAGAAGUAAGAUUGGAUCAAAUUUUCAACAUAUGAUGAUGUUUGCUGGCCUUCGUGGUGCAAUGGCAUUUGCCUUGGCCAUUCGAGAUACUGCCACUUAUGCACGGCAAAUGAUGUUCAGCACCACGCUUCUGAUUGUGUUUUUUACCGUAUGGGUAUUUGGUGGUGGCACCACUGCAAUGCUGUCAUGCUUGCAUAUCAGGGUUGGUGUUGAUUCAGACCAAGAACACUUGGGUGUUCCUGAAAAUGAAAGGAGAACUACCAAAGCAGAGAGUGCUUGGCUUUUCCGGAUGUGGUACAACUUUGAUCAUAACUAUCUGAAGCCUCUGCUGACUCACAGCGGGCCUCCGCUGACAACAACACUCCCUGCCUGCUGUGGACCCAUCGCCAGGUGCCUCACCAGCCCCCAGGCUUACGAAAACCAGGAACAGUUGAAAGAUGAUGAUUCUGAUCUUAUUCUCAAUGAUGGUGAUAUCAGUUUGACAUAUGGAGAUUCUACUGUGAACACUGAAUCAGCCACAUCCAGUGCCCCAAGGAGAUUUAUGGGAAACAGUUCUGAAGAUGCCUUGGAUCGGGAGCUUGCAUUUGGGGACCAUGAACUGGUCAUUCGAGGAACACGCCUGGUUCUUCCAAUGGAUGAUUCUGAACCCCCGCUAAAUUUGUUAGAUAAUACGAGACACGGUCCAGCCUAAGCUUACUAAUACUCACUUAGUGAUUUGUAAAAUUUGCACAUGUGAUUGUGAAGAAAUUUGUACUACCUAAAAGUCCCAGUGCAUGUCUCUGAAUGUUUAAGCUAUAUAAAUGCUAUUUAUAUGGCGUAGAAAGAAUAUAAAUAUCCUGUACAUGGCAGAUUGUGAACAAACUAUAUUCCUUUAAGUUUUCCUGGUUGCACUGUGUAGACUGGAUCUGUUUUAGGAAGUUACUUUUACAGUGAUGUUGUGUGUUCUGUUAGUUUACGUCUCAGUUAAAGUAAAAAAAGUGAUGGAUUUUCUCUUUCUUAAACUUACCUGACACUUAACCAGAGUACCAAGUUCUCGUGAUGUGAAUUAAUUUUUUUGUGUGCUAGGGGAGGGAGAGUGAGGAGGGAGUGUUAUUUCCUUGGGAACCUAGGGAGGAGAGGUUCCUUUGUUGGGAAACUUUUGUUGAUAGCUGCUGCCUUUGUCCUGACCGUUUUCUUUCCCUUUUCUCUGGUGGCCUGUUGUGGUGCAACGAGCUGAUGGCAUUUGAUCUUGCCCCAUUCAGGUUGGGGAGUGAAGUGUGAGGACCCUUUUCCCCUGCUUGCUGUGAAAGCACAGAUUCAUUGACUACAGUACACUGUUGUUCAGAAAAGAAGGCUGCAAAUGAUUUCUGAGACGUUAUGUCUUUUCUUCCAGACCAAGACCAUAGAUGGAGUCGCAUCUAGCCGGCUUAACCAAAGUACAGGUGUAUAUAGUUCAGGGCACUUGAUUUAGAUUUGGAGGGGCUGGGAUGGGCAGAGAGCAAGAGGUGAGUAAAGAGAAUGGUGGUUUCAGAGAUCUCUCUUCCCAAAUGUGUAAAUAUUCUAUACCAGAUAAGUUUAAGAGAUUUAAUUGCUGCUUAAUUUUUGAUUAUGUACUUUAUCUGUAUAGCAAGCUUUGUCGUCAGAAGUUUUUAUAUCGAUUUAAAUUGCUGCUCUUUAGCAGCCAAACAGGAGCAAAAUGUAAAAUUUUUGAACUUACUGUGUCUAAUCAUCAUUUGUUAGUCUGUAGUUAAUGUCAACAGUUAAUUUAUGAACCCACGAUCGUUUCACACUGCACCAGUCAGUCAUAAGAGAAAUCGAAUAUUCUGGAGCAUUGAUUGCAGCAAGAUGGCUCCUUUGUGUGCAGCAGGUGUAGUAGUCUUCAUUUUCAUGGUACUUUUUAAUAUUAAUUACCUAAGCUGCCAUGCAUUUUUUUUUUACAGUUUUCAAGGAAGAGCACAGAACAAUUUCUCAUUUCAUAUUUGGAGUAUGAAAGUAGAUUCUAUUUUGUAAUGCUGAUAAUACCUAAAGGUGCAUUGAAUGCUUGGAAGAAUGCUUUUUGAUGUUGAUUUUGACCUGUUCACGAUUCAGAAGAAAAACAAACUUUUUUGGAUUUUUUUUCCCUCAGGUCUGAGUAGCAUUGCCUUAAAUCUUACCCAGUUAGAACAUUGGUUUAUUUACAUGAUGUUCAGAUUUUCCAGUGAAAAAUACCCUUCCGAACAAAACAUGUACUUACUCUCCAAAAGGCAUCUGUGCUAUUGCAAACACUCCUUGAGAUUUUAAGGGAAUUCUAAUGUUGUACCCUUUCGUGGCAGCUUUGACUGUUGGCAUAGCCAUUUGUUACGUAGUGGUAGCGACUUUCCUGCUAUGCAGGAAUCCCUCCCAUGAAGUGUAUGUUUUACAUGAUGUGUGCCUCUUCACGCAGUAAAUAGUUUCUUGUUAAUGUAUGUUUGAGGAGUUUGAAAGUCAGUGUCAUUUACCCACAAAGUUAUUAAAGUUGUAAAAGGUUAUACAAUAAUUUAACAACUACCUUUUUUAUUCUGUCGGGUUACUGACCUCACUUUAUGUAAAUACUUCGCAUGACAAAUUCAGUAACUCGUCUAUUUCAGCAUGCGUAAGACUUUUCACUAGGGAAACUGAUAAAGCUUGAGUCAACUAAAUCUGCCUUCAUACUUUAUCAAGGGGAACCAAGCCUGCUGUGCUUACAUCAGCAUCUGAAAGACUUUCCUCUCCUCUAAUCUGUGUACACAUCUCCAAGCAAGGAAGAAAAAACAAACUCUGCUCAGACGUCUAUGAAACACCUGAAUGAACUUUGAUGAAGUACAGUCUGAGUUACCAUCAUGCACAAGUAGAACUGCUCUUGGACUUGUUUUCCUGUUGUUUGUGGAACCUACGCGUUUGAAUGACUUGAACGUUGCAUCUUUUAAAGUUAUUUUUUAAGGUUUCUUGGUAUUUAUCCUAGUUGUCCGUGUUUGGCAAUGUGCUGUUAAAGUAAUAGACUUUUAAUCUUUAUGUAUUUUUUGUUUUCUCUGGAGUACUUGGACAGAUGUUAUAGUGGUUUCUUUUAGGAAAAUCUGUCAUUAAAAAAGUUAUAGCCUUGCAAAUAACCACUCACAGUAUUUGAGUCACAGUUUAUUCUAGUGAGACAUAAAGAGUGCUGACUUCAUUUAUUUUUCUACCUAUAUACCUACUGGAAAAGGGGAAGACUAAUGUUUUCAAAUAAACAAACAGAAACCUAACAGAA